CACUGAGGUCGUUGAGAGGCGAUUGGAAGACCUAUUCGCGGCUUCGCGGAAUCACCAUCGAGGUAUCCAGCCGGGUCACACACGAGGAUCAUGAAAAUGGUGCUGUCUCAACGUCAGAGGGAGGAGCUAAAUAAGGCGAUUGCGGACUACCUUAGCACCAAUGGCUACCAAGAUGCACUGGAGGCAUUUAAAAAGGAAGCCGAUAUGCCAGGAGAAGUGGAGAGGAAAUACGGCGGUCUUUUGGAGAAGAAGUGGACCUCGGUCAUACGAUUGCAGAAGAAGGUAAUGGAAUUGGAAUCCAAACUUUCCGAAGCUGAAAAGGAGUUCAUAGAAGGUGCGCCGACGCGCGGUAAGAGAUCACCAUCCGAAUGGAUACCGAGGCCGCCAGAAAAGUUCAGUCUGACCGGACACAGAGCCCCCAUCAAUAGAGUUAUUUUCCAUCCUGUUUUUAGUCUCGUAGUAUCGGCCAGCGAAGAUGCCACCAUUAAGGUAUGGGACUUUGAGAGCGGCGACUUCGAGAGAACGCUGAAAGGCCACACCGAUAGCGUGCAGGACAUCGCGUUCGACGCCUCGGGCAAACUGCUCGCCUCUUGUAGCGCGGACAUGUCCAUCAAGCUGUGGGACUUCCACCAGUCGUUUGCCUGCGUCAAGACCAUGCACGGCCACGAUCACAACGUCAACUCGGUCGCGUUUGUGCCACAGGGUGACUUCGUAGUGAGCGCCUCUAGGGAUAAGACCAUCAAGAUCUGGGAAGUAGCGACAGGCUACUGCGUGAAGACACUCACCGGACAUAGAGAGUGGGUGAGAAUGGCGCGAGUUAGCCCAUGCGGCGAGCUCAUCGCCAGCUGCUCAAACGAUCAGACUGUACGAGUGUGGCACGUGGCGACGAAGGAGACAAAGGUCGAAUUCAGAGAACACGACCACGUAGUCGAAUGCAUCGCAUGGGCGCCGGAGAGCGCGAGAGCAUCCAUCAACGCGGCGGCCGGAGCAGACAACAAGGGCGCGCACGAGGGGCCCUUCCUCGCGUCUGGCUCUCGGGAUAAGACGAUUCGCGUGUGGGACGUCGCCGCCGGGGUGUGCCUCUUCACCCUCAUUGGACACGACAACUGGGUGCGAUGCAUCGUCUUCCAUCCUGGCGGCAAAUUUAUUGUCAGCGCGUCCGACGAUAAAACGCUGCGAGUCUGGGAUACGCGCAACAAACGAGUGAUGAAGACUCUCGAGGCGCACGUUCACUUCUGCACUUCUGUCGAUUUUCACAAGAAUCAUCCUUACGUGGUCACCGGGAGCGUCGAUCAAACGGUGAAGAUCUGGGAGUGCCGCUAGUCACCGCGAGUUUUAGAUUUUCCGUCAGACAUCGCGAACGGAAGAGAACGGGAAUAUGAAAAUGAGAGAAAAGACGAACGCGCGUCCAUUUUAAUGGAAUCGGCCGAAAGAGUAAGCUGCUACAAAAGCUAUCGUACAUAUGCUAUUAAUAUUAAUAUUAUUAUUAUUAUUAUACAUAAAUCACACACAUAAACACGUAUGAUUAAGAACUCUUUAAUUAAUUUAUAAUAAAGUAUAAUUAGUAAUUAUAUUACAAUACAUCGUUUUACGGCAAAUGAACUGCACUAUUCGAGGAGAGUGAAUUCGAGAGACGGUCGUAAGGGUCAGACGAUCGAGAGGACGCUCCCACGAGUUCGCAUUACGGAUUAUCUAUGAACGCGGAAUAGGAUAGGAAAGAGAGGGGGAGAAAGGAUGGGUGGGAGGGGGGGUAUUAAUGCCAUAUACAAUUACAAGAGUUAUAUUCCUUUAGACAGUUGUGCAAUUGUAGGCAUUAUUUUGUACAUAAUAUGUGUCCUUACGCAGUGUGAAAUUUAAUGUCGAUAACGAGUAUAACUCAUUCUUUAAUUUUCUCUUACUCCUCUCUUCGCAAUCCUACUUAUGCAAUAUAUCUGUUAAAGUAUUACCAACCAAUCACACGUACAUGAAAAGAGAGAGAGAGAGAGAAAGAAGAUCGUCCUCCUCGAUUGUGAUCUUGCGUAAAAGAAAUCGCGUCGAAUCUCUUCAAUCUUCUACCGAUGGUGGCGAAAAUUUCGGCUGUGGCGUCCACCUUCGCGCAAAUUAUUACGUACACACGAUAAUUAAAUUCGUUGUCAUUCGUUUAAUAUUCGCGCGCUCUCCUCGAGAGUUCUCUUAGAAAGAAUGAAGAACGAAAGAGAUGCUCCGCUCCUUCUUUACUCAUAUAUAUAAAUAUAUAUAUAUAUAAAUAUAUAUACACAAAUAUAUAAACAUAUUAUACACGCAUAUAUAGACGCGCAUUGCUUUGUACCAUGCAAAGUACCGAGCGUCACAAAUAUCUCGUCUAAUUCGUCGACUCGCGCGUGUAUUCGGGAUAGAUACUGAGUUGUAAUAUAUCACACGUCUGCCGCUGAUUUGAUACAAAUUUAUUUUACGGGACACGUAACGUGCAACAUCGUAAACGAUAUACGCAAAUAUGAUGACAAUGGUAUAGGUGAAAAAAAGGAAAACUAGUAUGCCAAAACUCUGUCUCUCAAUCGGAUAAAUAAAUAUAUUGUUACAUGUCUAUAUGUAUAGAUCAGAUUUUUCUUCGCCGAAAAUGCGUGUCCCUACAACGUUGAAUUCCAUUAUGUUACUUACAUUUAUAUAUAAUUGAAUCUCAUAAAGUCCAAAAAAAAAUGUCAAAUUGAUCGAAGGCUUUGCAAACGUAUAUAUACGCAGUGUUUAAUAUUUAUUUAUUUUCACGAAUAAAAUAGACACUUGUAGAGACUCGGAGAUUCUUAUCUAAUGAGGCUUGAAGAAUGAUCGAGAUGAAGAAUAGCGACAAAUGAGAAAUAGACUCGUGUACUUGACGUCCAAAUUCACUAUUAAUGAUAGACGCACAGCCGAAUCUAGAAAGUGCAACAAUUGAGAUUUAAAAUUGUUCGAGUAAAAGAGAAGAAAUGGGAAAAGACACAUAUAACGCAUAUGCAUAUAAAAGUUUGGCAGCAUAUAGUUCAUUGCGUGGAUCCCAAGAAAGAGGUGUGUAUUGGUACUAGUUGUAUCUUUUAGUUUUAAUUACUAUUAGUGGUAGCGCGCAGACAUAAUUUAGAUAGUAGAAGAAAAAUAAGAGAAUAAACUUCAGAGAGAGAUACAAACUUUUGUUCAGAGAGAUACAAUGUUAACAGUUGAUCGACACACACACAUAUACAGACACGCAUUGCGACAAAACGUCUAAUAUUUCAGGCAUUUGAUGAAAAAAAAAUAAUCACACACGUGUAUAAAACGUGCAAAUCAUUAAUCGAUAAUCGCUUGAUUAAGGUUGAUUUUUCAAAUAUUUAAUUCUUGUCUGCUAUCUUUUCCUACUGUUUCUCCCAUGUUCAGCCUUCAAAGCCGAAUAUAAGAAAAACACAAACCCCUGAGAAGAGAUACCUCCUCAAUUAAUGUGGUACUAAAUUAUUUUGAUGAAUAAUAAACAGAAUUGUCACUACAAGUCAUGUGUCAAGAUCGUUGUAUACUAUAUAUCAUCAUUACCUAUGAUUCGUUCUUGGAACCAGCAUUUUUUCCUAUAGAUUUUGUCGUAUUAAUCUGCUUAUAUUAAUUAAAUGCAUAAUAUUUCUGUUAAUUUUUUACUAGAGUUUCUAUCUAGAGUUUUCAUCGAGUAAUAGACUUAAGGAUUUUCCCAACUCUGCAAUAUGUAUUAAUCUACACGCAUGACAGUAUUUUAUAUAGUACAAUAAGGGCAAGAAUUAGAGCAACGUAGUAUUGUAAGUUAAAAACGCAUACCAAACAUCUAUUGUGCGUAUUUAUACGUAGAUGAUGUAAUUUAAAAGAAUGUUAUGUAUAGUCACGCCUUUCAUAAGAUUCAUCACGAUAGCUUCUGUGACUUGCUUUCUACCUACUUAUUGAGAGAUGAUGAUGAUGAUACCAACAAGUAGAUUUACAAUAAAGUACCCUUCGUCAUUUGUGAUAUA